CAGAAUAUGCAUCUACGAGAGCGGCAGGAGCGGAUCGCCAAGUCCACCUCUUGCGUCACUAUCGUGAUCGUCAUCUCUCCAAUCACCAAUUCCAUUCUACCAUCUCUUCAGUCAAAUUUUUGGCAAUUCAAUCCCCUGUCACGAAGCUACCUGAACAAAUCGCAUUUGUGUCAACAGCCCAAUCAUCAUGGCGGCAGAAAUUACCACCACAACUGUCGUCACGGCAUUUCCCCUCCUCUUCGGAGUAACUAGCACCAGCAUUGGAAUCUACAGCUUCGUAUCCCCCUACAAUGCCAUGCGUCUCUUCGGUCUUCAGGCUCCAGCUACCGAGAAAACCUCUUCGUCGCAGGCCGAAGCUUUCCAGAAAUCUCUCAUCUAUGCGUCUGGACUGCGAGACAUCGGCACCGGUCUCAGCACUCUUGGCCUCUAUGCAUUCUUGCAAUUCUCCCCGAUCUGUCAAGUGAGCCCGCUAGCUGCCGCGAUCACAAAGAAGUGCAUGGGAAUCUGCUUCAUGUUCGGUACCUUCGUUGGAGUUGGUGAUGCUGUUAUUGUGCGGCAGUAUGGGAACAAGGAGUAUGUUCAGGGCGAGGCAGAAGAGAAGGCUGCUAGUGCUAGCAUUAACCAUGGAAUCACUGCAGUGCUCAUCCUGGCAACUGGUCUUUUUUUGUAUUUGUAGGUCAAUGGGUUUGCGUAGUGGUCAAGCCGCACACGCUGCUAAAACCGGGACUUCACAUCACUCAUGUAUAACAUCUCGACUCAUGUUUCAUUAAUCCUCCCCUACACGCAAUGUCAUAUCGCAAGCAACACAUCAGUAAAUUGAAAUGAAAUCAUUUACUCCCUCCGACUGUUCUUGACCACCUUGCAUGACAGAACGCAGACACAGUAACCGCUUCAAUGCUUGUCAUUCGACUCGCCUUUGUCUCCAGUAUCAUGGAUAGCACUGGGAAUGGCGCUCUUCACCCC